CAACACAAGAAACAUUAUUUUUUGUUUAGGACUUUUAAACCAGAGGUUUGCUUGUGCCUGCAAUCCAAUUACAGAUCAAGCGUGGGGGAGGAAAGUUCAGCGUCAACCAUCCACAACCCUUUUCUUCAAGUUCGCAUCUUUCGGUUACGCUCCCACAAAUGUCACGCGCCACCGCCGCGUUCGGAAUCCUCCUCUGUCUCCUCCUCGGCGCCGCCGCCCACUGCUCCGCUCAGCUAAACUGCAGCACAACGUGCAUUGCGGAGCAGUGCGACACGAUUGCAAUCAGAUACGGUAAGUAUUGCGGGGUGGGGUAUACUGGGUGUCCCGGGCAGAAACCAUGCGAUGGUGUUGAUGCUUGUUGCAUGGCCCAUGACGACUGUGUUGACAAAUUCGGAAUGACUCAUGUGAAAUGCCACAAGAAAUUGAAGAAUUGCCUAAUCAGGGAACUUGAAUCUGGGAAGGUUGGGUUUUCGAAGGAGUGUCCAUACAGUAUAGCUGCACCAACGAUGAUAAGAGGCAUGGACUUGGCCAUCUUGCUGAGCCACUUGGGUGAACCUGCUUAUGAUCACUGACAAACUCAACCCUUCUGAUGCAGUUCUUCCUCCUUCCCCAUUACCAUCGAACUUCAUCUUCUGAUCUUCUUCUGCAUGGCUAAGCCUCUGUUAUUCAUUUUCCACAUUCUUAUUUAAUAAUAAAUAAUACCAAUGCUUUA